GCCCUGCAAGCCACCACCUCGGAAGCAAGUCAUGGGAGCAGUCGUGGCCGCGGUGUGGAUGCUCAUAUGGGCCGCCGCCUGCGCGCAGAGGGAGCAGGACUUCUACGACUUCAAGGCGGUCAACAUCCGGGGCAAGUUGGUGUCGUUAGAAAAGUACCGUGGUUCGGUAUCCCUGGUGGUGAAUGUGGCUAGUGAGUGUGGCUUCACCGACCAGCACUACAGAGCCCUGCAACAACUGCAACGGGACCUGGGGCCCCACCACUUCAACGUGCUGGCCUUCCCCUGUAACCAGUUUGGCCAUCAGGAACCUGACAGCAACAAGGAAAUAGAGAGCUUUGCUCGCCGGACCUACAGUGUCUCCUUCCCCAUGUUUAGCAAGGUCGCAGUCACGGGCACUGGUGCCCACCCUGCCUUCAAGUACCUGACCCAGACUUCUGGAAAGGAACCUACCUGGAACUUCUGGAAGUACCUGGUGGCCCCAGAUGGAAAAGUAGUAGGGGCUUGGGACCCAACUGUGUCCGUGGAGGAGAUCAAGCCCCAGAUCACAGCACUUGUGAGGAAGCUCAUCCUGAAGAAGCGAGAAGACUUGUAA